AACUCUUUCUUCACCUGCUACAUCACUCGCAGCACAGCAGAAUCCUCUCGAUAAAUCCAUGGCUCUACGAUCUCUGGUCACCCGAAAGAACCUCUCAUCGGCCUUCAAGGCCGCCACUGGGCUAGGGCAACUGCGGGGAUUGCAGACCUUUUCUCUCCCCGAUCUCCCUUACGACUAUGGCGCCCUGGAGCCUGCGAUUAGCGGCGAGAUAAUGCAGCUCCAUCACCAGAAACAUCACCAGACUUAUAUUACUAACUACAACAAGGCUCUUGAGCAACUCAACGAUGCUAUGGAGAAGGGCGAUUCUGCAACCGUUGUCAAGUUGCAGAGCGCCAUCAAGUUCAACGGUGGAGGUCAUGUCAAUCACUCCAUUUUCUGGAAGAAUCUUUCCCCUGUCCGUGAAGGAGGUGGUGAACCCCCACAUGGUUCCCUUGGUUGGGCUAUUGAUGCAGAUUUUGGCUCUUUGGAAAAGUUGAUACAAAAAAUGAAUGCAGAAGGUGCUGCAGUGCAAGGAUCUGGAUGGGUGUGGCUUGCCGUGGACAAAGAAUUGAAGAAGCUUGUGGUUGAGACCACUGCAAACCAGGAUCCAUUGGUAACUAAAGGACCAACUUUAGUUCCUUUGCUUGGCAUUGAUGUUUGGGAGCAUGCAUACUACUUACAGUACAAAAAUGUCAGACCAGACUAUUUGAAGAACAUAUGGAAGGUAAUGAAUUGGAAGUAUGCAAGUGAAGUGUAUGCCAAAGAAUGCCCUUCAUCUUAGAGGGAUCUCCAUCCUAAGAUGGAAGUGGCUUUUUAUGCCAGGUUUAGAGAUGGAAUAAAAUAAAAUGAUGUGUUACUGUAGAAUAUGAAGGCCUUCUCUUUUCCCUUGUUAGCCUUUGUUGCAAUGACUGUUUGCUGGUAUAUCCAGAGGCAAACCAGGACAUUGUUGUGUUUUUGCACAUUUUGGUUCCGUGUUGGUUCCAUCAUCGGACAUUCAAUCCUCCUUUUUAA